AUGAAGACCCCAGCCCCUGGCCGCGCCUGCGGCAUCGUGCUGGUCCUGCUCUCGCUGGCCACCCUCCAGACCCUCAGGGCCCAAAAGAAUGACAUCGACAUCUACAGCCUCACUGUAGACUCCAAGGUCUCAUCCCGAUUUGCCCACACAGUCGUCACCAGCCGGGUGGUCAACAAGGCCAGUACUUUGCAGGCGAUCACCUUCCAGAUGGAGCUGCCCAAGAAAGCCUUCAUCACCAACUUCUCCAUGAUCAUUGAUGGUGUGACCUACCCCGGUAACAUCAAGGAGAAGGCUGCAGCCCAGGAGCAAUACAGCGCGGCUGUGGCGAGGGGAGAGAGCGCCGGCCUCGUCAAGGCCACUGGGAGAAAGACAGAGCAGUUCCAGGUGUCAGUCAGUGUAGCGCCCGCUGCCAAGGUCACCUUCGAGCUGGUGUAUGAGGAGCUCCUGGUGCGGCACCUGGGAGCGUACGAGCUGCUGCUGAAAGUCCAGCCCCAGCAGCUAGUCAAGCACCUGCAGAUGGACAUUUACAUCUCCGAGCCUCAGGGCAUCAGCUUUCUGGAGACAGAGAGCACCUUCAUGACCAAUGAACUGGCAGAGGCCCUCACCACCUCACAGAACAAGACCAAGGCUCAUGUCCGAUUCAAGCCGACACUGUCCCAGCAGCAAAAGUCUCCAGAGCAGCAGCAGGACACAGUCCUGGAUGGCAACUUCAUCGUCCGCUAUGAUGUGGACCGGACUGUCUCCGGGGGUUCCAUUCAGAUCGAGAAUGGCUACUUCGUGCACUACUUUGCCCCUGAGCACCUGGCCACGAUCCCCAAGAACGUGAUCUUUGUCAUUGACAAGAGCGGCUCCAUGAGGGGCAGGAAAAUCCAGCAGACCCGGGAAGCCCUCAUCAAGAUCCUGGGUGACCUCGGUCCCCGUGACCAGUUCAACCUCAUCAGCUUCAGUGGGGAAGCAGCCCAGUGGAAGCCACAGCUAGUGCCAGCCUCGGCUGAGAACGUGAAUGAGGCCAAGAGCUACGCCACUGGCAUCCAGGCCCAGGGAGGGACCAAUAUAAACGAUGCGAUACUGAUGGCCGUGCAGCUGCUAGAGAGAGCCAACCGGGAGGAGCUGCUGCCCGCGGGAAGCGUCACCCUCAUCAUCCUCCUCACCGACGGUGACCCCACUGCGGGGGAAACCAACCCCUCAAGGAUCCAGAAGAACGUUCAGGAAGCCAUAGAUGGCCAGCACAGCCUCUUCUGCCUGGGCUUCGGCUUCGACGUCAGCUACGCCUUCCUGGAGAAGCUGGCACUGGACAACGGCGGCCUGGCCCGGCGCAUCUAUGAGGACUCGGACUCCGCGCUGCAGCUCCAGGACUUCUACCAAGAGGUGGCCAACCCACUGAUGACAUCGGUGGCCUUCGAGUACCCAAGCAACGCCGUGGAGGCGGUCACACAGGACGCCUUCCGGCUGUUCUUCAAGGGCUCCGAGUUGGUUGUGGCCGGGAAGCUCCGGGACCAGAACCCUGAUGUGCUCUCAGCCAAAGUCAGGGGGCAGCUGCACAUGGAGAACAUCACCUUUGUAACGGAGUCCCGCGUGGCAGAGCAGGAGGAGGCGUUCCGGAGCCCCAGAUACAUCUUCCACAGCUUCAUGGAGAGACUGUGGGCGUACCUGACCAUCCAGCAACUGCUGGAGCAAACAGUCUCCACGCUAGAUGCUGAGAAGCAGGCUCUUGAGGCCCGAGCUCUGAACUUGUCGCUCAGCUACAGCUUUGUCACCCCGCUCACGUCCAUGGUGAUCACCAAACCGGAAGGUCAAGAGCAGUCUCAGGUUGCUGAGAAGCCCGUGGAAAAUGAAAACAGACACAGGAACGUCCACUCAGGUCACACUCUCUUCAGACAUCAUUCCAUGGGAGACAGAGCGUCCAGAAUAACAGGAGGCAGCAGUGCAGACCCUGUCUUUUCUAAAAGAAGAGGCUGGAGAGGACAAGCUGGAGUUUUCGAUAAGCUGUACAGCUUCCCAACGAGAUUAGGACCACCUGGACCUCUUCAUCCUCCUCAUCUUCCUUAUCCAUCCCACCGUACGACCUGGGGACCAAUGCUACCAGACGUGAUGUCACGGCCAUCAGCUACCUCAGUUCUUGAUGAAGUGUCUCAUGACAUGGACUUAAGAAUCAAAGAAACAACCACGGCAGCCCCACACCCCGCCCCCAUCCAGCCUCCUUCCAUCAUCCUGCCGCUGCCUGGGCAGAGCGUGGACCGGCUCUGUGUGGACCUCAAGCGCUCUCAGGGACCAACGAACCUGCUCUCAGACCCUGGCCAAGGGAUUGAGGUGACUGGCCACUAUGAGACAGAGAAGGCCCACUUCUCGUGGAUUGAGGUGACCUUCAAGAAACCCCAGCUGCAGGUUCGUGCAUCCCCUGAGCACGUGGUAGUGACUCGGAACCGAAGAAGCUCUGCAUACAAGUGGAAGAAAACUCUGUACUCGGUGAUGCCAGGUCUCAAGAUGACCAUGGACAAGGCGGGGCUUCUGCUGCUCAGCAGCCCUGACACAGUGACCAUCGGCCUGCUGUCCUGGGACGGCCCUGGGGAGGGGCUCCGGCUCCUUCUGCGGGACACUGACCGCUUCUCCAGCCACGUCAGUGGGACCCUUGGCCAGUUUUACCAGGACGUGCUCUGGGAGCCCCUGGCAGCAGCAGAUGACAGCAAGCGAACACUGAAGGUGCAGGGGCGUGACCAUUCUGCCACCAGAGAGCUCAAGCUGGAUUACCAAGAGGGGCCCCCGGGAACAGAGAUUUCCUGCUGGUCUGUGGAGCUGUAG